AUGGAUGGUGGGCACAACUACCAUGAUGACCCCCGCUACUACUGCCUGGGGGCGUACGAGGUAGAAAUAAGAGCCAGACCUGUUCUGGGUACAGCAGCCGAAGCAGGAGGUGUCCCUAUUGGUGUAGGAGCUCAUGACCUCAUGGUCGACGUGAACCAUGAGGUCUACUUCAACCAUGGUGGCUACAUCGACCCCGAUGGCUACAUCGACCCCGAUGGCUACAUCGAUCCCGAUGGCUACAUCGACCCCGAUGGCUACAUCGACCCCAAUGGCUACAUCGACAAUGAUGCCUAUAUUGACCAUGAGGAAGAUGUGAACGACGAGGGAGACGUGAACCCCGAUGGCGGCAGCGGCGGCGGCGGCAGUGGCGAGGGUGAUGGCGGCAGUGGCGGGGGUGACGAAGGCGACCAGGAGCCCGGGCAGGAGCAGCUGGAGGAGCCAGCCCAAGCUGCUGAGCAGGAUCCGCAGCCCCGGAACCGGCGCCGCCGUCGAAUCCAGCGCGUUUACUUCACAGCAUUGCAGCUGCGGGAGCUGGAAAAUGCUUUCAGAUAUACUCAAUACCCUGAUGUGCUUACAAGACGGGAGCUUGCAAGACGCAUGGGUGUGACUGAAGCAAGAGUGCAGGUUUGGUUUAAGAACAAAAGGGCCAAGUGUAGGAGAAAUCAGAGGGCAUCAAUGCUCAAUAAUGUACCACCUGCUGUCGUGAAUCACGUUAUCUUCCUAACGUUCGAUUAGUCCUAGAAUGCCAUCCU